AUGGCCGAUUCUUCUCCCAGUUUCUCUUUACCUUCUGAAACAAUAAGUCCGAGACAAAUAUGUUCCUCAAUUUUUCAUACUUCUGGUUCUAAGGUGGGAGUUGGUGUGAAAAACUUACCGGAGUUUGAAUCCGUUUGGAGUCCUACAUCUCCUCUCGAUUGCAGACUCUUUUCCAAUCUCAGCAAUGUUUUCGGUGUCAAGUCUUCAAGGAAAGCUGAGCAUAAGAAACCGUUAGAUGGAAGUAAAGUAGGCCUUGGUAUCAUAACUUCUCUCGUUAACGAAACCAAAUCUAGUAACGAGAUACUUGGUGAAUUUCAGAGGAAGAAUAUAAUUUUUGGAUCACAGGUGAAGAACGGCAUACUUCAAUUCUCGAACAAAAACCUUUCUCUGGCGUCUUGUUUGAAAACCAAUUCCCUGCCCAAAAACUAUGUAAUUUCACUUCCUUCGGAAACCAAAAGUCCCUUAUCAAAAGUUGAAAACAUUGACAGUGGUGUCAACGAAGUUACGUCUACAACAUCGAGCUUUGCUCCGGUUAUGAACAGAAGUUCACCCGUAGAUGAUUCUUUAAAAAUCAAAUCAUGUCCACUUCCGAUAUAUGUAGGCUCACUCUCUGCAAAAGAGAUAGAGCUUUCGGAGGAUUAUACUUGUAUAAUCUCUCACGGUCCAAAUCCUAAGCGAACACAUAUAUUCGGUGACUGCAUUUUGGAGUGUGACAACAAUGACUUUACCGAGUUCAGCAAGAAAGAAGAACCCGCUUUCAAAUCUUCUCAAGAAUCAGCGCCUCGUCGUUUCGACAGUGUUACGAGGUUUUGUUACUCGUGUUGUAAGAAACUAGACGAGGAGGAAGACAUUUACGCAUAUAGUGAAGAGAAAGCGUUUUGCAGUUUUAAGUGUCGAUCGGAGGAGAUUUUUGCAGAAGAUGAAAUGGAGAAAACUUGCACUAACUCCGAAGAGCACUCUCCUAACUCAAGUUACCAUGACGAUAUCUUCCUCAUGGCUCUGCAAGUUUCCAAAUAA